AUGUGGUUAUACCAGCUCUCGUCUCCUGCUCAGGCCUCACCAGCUCUCGUCUCCUGCUCAGGCCUCACCAGCUCUCGUCUCCUGCUCAGGCCUCACCAGCUCUCGUCUCCUGCUCAGGCCUCACCAGCUCUCGUCUCCUGCUCAGGCCUCACCAGCUCUCGUCUCCUGCUCAGGCCUCACCAGCUCUCGUCUCCUGCUCAGGCCUCACCAGCUCUCGUCUCCUGCUCAGGCCUCACCAGCUCUCGUCUCCUGCUCAGGCCUCACCAGCCAGGGUAUUCCCUGGCUGCCAGUGCCAGCAGAGCCCUCAGUGCCAGCAGAGCCCUCAGUGCCAGCAGAGCCCUCAGACAGUGCCAGCAGAGCCCUCAGUGCCAGCAGAGCCCUCAGCCAGUGCCAGCAGAGCCCUCAGACAGUGCCAGCAGAGCCCUCAGACAGUGCCAGCAGAGUCCUCAGACAGUGCCAGCAGAGCCCUCAGACAGUGCCAGCAGAGCCCUCAGACAGUGCCAGCAGAGCCCUCAGACAGUGCCAGCAGAGCCCUCAGUGUCAGCAGAGUUCUCAGACAGUGCCAGCAGAGCCCUCAGACAGUGCCAGCAGAGCCCUCAGACAGUGCCAGCAGAGCCCUCAGACAGUGCCAGCAGAGCCCUCAGUGCCAGCAGAGGUCUCAGACAGUGUCAGCAGAGCCCUCAGACAGUGCCAGCAGAGCCCUCAGACAGUGCCAGCAGAGCCCUCAGUGCCAGCAGAGCCCUCAGACAGUGCCAGCAGAGCCCUCAGUGCCAGCAGAGCCCUCAGACAGUGCCAGCAGAGCCCUCAGACAGUGCCAGUAGAGCCCUCAGACAGUGCCAGCAGAGCCCUCAGACAGUGUCAGCAGAGUUCUCAGACAGUGCCAGCAGAGCCCUCAGACAGUGUCAGCAGAGCCCUCAGACAGUGCCAGCAGAGGCCUCAGACAGUGCCAGCAGAGCCCUCAGACACUCCCAGCAGAGCCCUCAGACAGUGCCAGCAGAGCCCUCAGACAGUGCCAGCAGAGCCCUCAGCCAGUGCCAGCAGAGCCCUCAGUGCCAGCAGAGGCCUCAGACAGUGUCAGCAGAGCCCUCAGACAGUGCCAGCAGAGCCCUCAGACAGUGCCAGCAGAGCCCUCAGACAGUGCCAGCAGAGCCCUCAGACAGUGCCAGCAGAGCCCUCAGACAGUGCCAGCAGAGCCCUCAGACAGUGCCAGCAGAGCCCUCAGUGCCAGUAGAGCCCUCAGACAGUGCCAGCAGAGCCCUCAGACAGUGUCAGCAGAGUUCUCAGACAGUGCCAGCAGAGCCCUCAGACAGUGCCAGCAGAGCCCUCAGACAGUGCCAGCAGAGCCCUCAGACAGUGUCAGCAGAGCCCUCAGACAGUGCCAGCAGAGCCCUCAGACAGUGUCAGCAGAGCCCUCAGACAGUGCCAGCAGAGCCCUCAGUGCCAGCAGAGCCCUCAGACACUCCCAGCAGAGCCCUCAGACAGUGCCAGCAGAGCCCUCAGACAGUGCCAGCAGAGCCCUCAGACAGUGCCAGCAGAGCCCUCAGACAGUGCCAGCAGAGCCCUCAUACAGUGUCAGCAGAGUUCUCAGACAGUGCCAGCAGAGCCCUCAGACACUCCCAGCAGAGCCCUCAGACACUCCCAGCAGAGCCCUCAGACACUCCCAGCAGAGCCCUCAGACACUCCCAGCAGAGCCCUCAGACACUCCCAACAGAGCCCUCAGACAGUGCCAGCAGAGCCCUCAGACACUCCCAGCAGAGCCCUCAGACAGUGCCAGCAGAGCCCUCAUACAGUGUCAGCAGAGUUCUCAGACAGUGCCAGCAGAGCCCUCAGACACUCCCAGCAGAGCCCUCAGACACUCCCAGCAGAGCCCUCAGACACUCCCAACAGAGCCCUCAGACAGUGCCAGCAGAGCCCUCAGACACUCCCAGCAGAGCCCUCAGACACUCCCAGCAGAGCCCUCAGACACUCCCAGCAGAGCCCUCAGACAGUGCCAGCAGAGCCCUCAGACAGUGCCAGCAGAGCCCUCAGACAGUGCCAGCAGAGCCCUCAGACAGUGCCAGCAGAGCCCUCAGACAGUGCCAGCAGAGCCCUCAGACAGUGCCAGCAGAGCCCUCAGACAGUGCCAGCAGAGCCCUCAGACAGUGCCAGCAGAGCCCUCAGACAGUCCCAGCAGAGCCCUCAGGCAGUGCCAGCAGAGCCCUCAGACAGUGCCAGCAGAGCCCUCAGACAGUGCCAGGAGAGCCCUCAGACACUCCCAGCAGAGCCCUCAGACAGUAUCUGCUGCUGAUAACAUUUUAA